CUUGAGAGACUACUUAUUGAGCCCACUCCCUCGCUCAUCGACGACCAUUGAUCUCAUCGUUGUCAUCGCUUUGUUAGUCCAGGGUUUCACAACACGGUCUACGUGCCAACUUCUCUUUACACACAUCCGCCUUGACAAUCGUUUACCUUCUUAACGACAGGGAAUUGUUUCAUCAACUUCUUCGUCUGAACCCAACUCGCCCGCAAGCCGCAGAUCAAUUAUCCAUGUGCUUGCAGCAAUCCAUAUUGGGACAUUAUCCUACCAGGUCUGUUCUCUUUCCGGAUGCUCAAGUGGAACUAUCAUCACAAAGAAGAAAGGGGAAUCACAACAGAGCUAAUAUGAAGGCUCCCAAGAACAAUGGCAGCAUGUCGGCAGGCCGACAUGCGAGCAAUCGGGCAUCAUCACAGCGUGGUUCACCGAACGAACACUUGAGUCGUUUUAUCGGCAAUGGAAGUCGACGAGGGUGUGGCAAGAUCAGCAAGAAGACGCAAUCGGAUUCAGAGCGAAAGCGCAACAGCCUCGCUUGUGCUCGCUGCCGUAAGCGCAAAAUCAGAUGCUCGGGGCAUCAUCUCGAUGAUAAUCCCUGCGACGCAUGCAAAGCAGCCGGCACUGAAGUCGCAUCUGAGUGCGUGUUUAUCCGUGUAAACGCACAAGAACUCCAGGACCUCGAUGUUAAAUCAAGGUCACUGCAUAAAGAAGCGUUCUUGCCAUCGGCUGAAACUCCAGAUACAUUCCCACUUGAGUCUAGCCAUCGCAUUCUUGACAAGCACGCCUCGCAAUACUGCUUCGAAGAAAGACGACCCAGCCUUGUCUCCCGUAACACCACCAACUUCAACAACCAAGAUCACACAACAUCGCUGGAUCCGUCGCUGCUGGCGGCAUCUCUCACCUCAUUCGAGUCUCUGGAAGGUUUUGAAACAUGGAACAUGGCCUCAUCUUUGCCACCGCUCCCGAAUCACGACGCAACAAACCUGCAAUACGUAAUGGCAUACACCGAACCAGCGAUUACCGUACACCCCAAUUUUGAGAUGUCACCGAAUUUCCCACGCAUUGACAGCAAGCCACUACCAGAACGUCCCAUAUCAACAACAGGCACUAAUUACCAGACAGACGCAAGCUGUGAUAGGCUGGAAAGCAUGCAAAACGGCUUGUACGGCACCAAGUUGGGAAUUGAUGGCGGUGCUAAUCUGUGCCCAUCGCAUUACCAACCGAUGACACCUCAGAGCUGUGCAAUUGACCCCAGUGGUAGCGUUCAAAGUCUUAUGCCAACAUGGCGGACUGCGCCAACAGAUCGAACCUACCUACGAGAGGAUGCCAGCAGUACCAUUGGUCGCUUGCCAUCGACACCCAGCACGAGUUAUGGAAGUUUACCCAUCUCUUCCGCGCCGAGUCCAGCGAGCAUUCAAAGCUCGCGCCGCCAUUCUAUGCAACCCACCUCAGUGAUGCCCAAGCAGCAUUUGACAAUUGGGUAUAACAUGAAUGACCAAGAUUCGGCUAUGGGCGAAACUUUCUCGAUGAGCUCUUACAUACCUGAGCAGAGUCUACAUGCAUUUGCACAAGGCUACGGCGCUGCUCAACAGGCUGCACAUCGGCGCAGAAGCCUCGAUGACCACGUACCACAACAGCAACCGUGGGACUACGACUUAUGUGCUCAAGGCACAUACAAUGCCUACGCUCGAGAUCUUCAGUUCAUGACGCCUUCUCCUUGCAUGUCGUUUUGCCUAUGAGGCACACCACACCAUAUUCGUCGAUGCAGCACACGAACAGAACCUGAGCGACGCAACAUACAACCGCCUGGCGGCACACGAGUCGGAGUGGCCGAACUGUGAGCGCCUUUGGGGACUACUCUUGACAGCGCGAACAAAAAGAGAGUGGGUUUGCAAGCCUCCCCAUAGCUAGAUGACAUCUUUGUCGGUGCA